AUGACCAGAGGCGGGACGGAGAAGCGGCGCUCCGCCGGCUGGCAGCGCCCGGGCGACAGGCGCCGCUCUGGGGCUCGGGGCGGGGCGCGUCCGGGCGUUGUCUCGGCAACCAGGGGGCGGAGCGCGGCGCGGCGCGGCGCGGCGCGUCGCCGGGCAGGGGGGCGGGGGACGGGCCUCGCGCCAGGCCGGGGCCGCGGGCUCGGGCUGCGCCCUUCGUGGUCCGCAGAAGAUUUAACCAGUGGUUCAUAUGAUGAUGUCCUAAAUGCUGAUCAACUUCAGAAACUCCUUUACCUGCUAAAGUCAACUGAGGAUCCUAUAAUUAUUGAAAGAGCUUUGGUCACUUUGGGUAACAAUGCAGCCUUUUCACCUAACCAAGCUAUUAUUCGUGAAUUGGGCGGUAUUCCAAUUGUUGGAAACAAAAUCAACAGUCCCAACCAGAGUAUUAAAGAGAAAGCUUUAAAUGCACUAAAUAACCUGAGUGUGAAUGUUGAAAAUCAAACAAAGAUAAAGGUAUACAUCAAUCAAGUCUGUGAGGAUGUCUUUGCUGGUCCCCUGAACUCCCCGGUGCAGCUGGCUGGACUGAGAUUGUUAACAAACAUGACUGUUACCAAUGACCACCAGCACUUGCUUCACAGUUACAUUAUAGAUUUGUUCCAGGUGCUACUUACAGGAAAUGGAAACACCAAGGUUCAGGUUUUGAGACUGCUUUUGAAUUUGUCUGAAAAUCCAGCCAUGACAGAAGGACUACUCAGUGCCCAAGUGGAUUCAUCAUUCAUUUCCCUUUAUGAUGGCCAUGUAGCAAAGGAGAUUCUUCUUCGAGUACUUACACUGUUUCAGAAUAUAAAUAACUGCCUCAAAAUGGAAGGCCGUUUAGCUAUUCAGCCUACUUUCACUAAAGGGUCAUUGUUUUUCCUGCUGUAUGGAGAAGAAUGUGCUCAGAAAAUAAGGGCUUUAGUUCAUCACCAUGAUGCAGAGAUAAAGGAAAAGGUUGUAACAAUAAUACCAAAAAUCUGAUUGGUUGGUCAUAUUUUUCCAAAGAAUAAUGAAGUCUGGAAGUAACAUGCAUACACUUCUUAUUUUCCAGUCUUCAUAAGGGGAUUCUCCUAGCUGCUGGAUUUAAACAGUACAUAUCACAUUUCAUCAUUAACACAGCUAUAAUUUGCCGUCAUCUUCAGGUUAUUUUGGACCCUUUUAUUGAUGCCAAACAAAUAUAAGAGCUUGUACUGAAA